UGUAGACAAUAAAAAGUUGAAUAUAUAGUUGUGAUUAAUUUUUAAUGCUGUUACGUUGUGAUAUUAUUAAUUGACAUGACACGAUUAAGAGGUCGAGCUUCUCUUAUGAUAAUCGUAAUGAUCAUGUUCACAUUAUUGGUAGUUAUAUAUCAUAUUUUGAGUAACGAAAUAGACAAUAUUUCAUCCGAUAAAAUAAAUCCAAGAUUAAAAGUUGAAGAUGUUUAUCCUGUUAACGAUUUCACUGAAAGUCUUAUCAAUAUAGCAGGAAUGCAACAAAUGGAAGCUCAUAUAGCUAAAAAUUCUGAGGUACUAAGAAAUAAACAAUUCGCUGACAAUUUUCAUGCCAAUUUAUAUUCAUCAAGCAAUCCGUUGUACAAAGGACACAAGAUUGUACAUUUAGAUUUAAAGGGCGCACCGCCUAAAAUAGGUUAUUACAAAUAUCUUUUACCGUUGUUGAAAAAGUUAGGCGCUACUGGAAUUCUCAUUGAAUACGAGGAUAUGUUUCCAUUUGAUGGAAAUAUACAAGAUAUUAGCGCUUAUAAUUGUUAUACCAAAGAAGACUUAAGUAUCAUUCAAGAAUUAGCUGAACAAAAUAAUCUUAUUGUUAUUCCAUUGAUACAAACAUUUGGACAUUUGGAAUUUAUUCUUAAACUCGAUAAGUAUAAGGAAUAUAGAGAGAUACCAAGAUAUCCUCAAGCAAUAUGCCCAACUUAUAAUAAAACUACACAAUUGAUACAUGAAGUAAUAGAUCAAGUCGUAGCUGCACAUCCCAAUAUAAAAUACUUGCAUAUUGGAGCAGAUGAAGUAUAUCAAAUAGCAGAAUGUUCAAGAUGUAUUGAUCUGAUAAUUAAAAAAAAUUGGACUAAAAAACAAUUAUUCCUCGAUCAUGUGUCCAAAGUAGCUAGAUAUAUCAAGGAUAAGUAUCCCCAUUUAACGGUAUUAAUGUGGGAUGAUGAAUUUCGUGAAAUAUCUCCUCAAGAAAUAAUAGAUAAAGAUUUACAUUUAUUGGUUGAACCGGUAGUUUGGAAAUAUACAAAAGAUCCAGGCUCUACUUUGACCGAUCAAUUAUGGGAAAGUUAUGGUGCCGUUUGGAAAAGUAUUUGGGUUGCUACAGCAUUCAAAGGUGCCACUGCGCCUGAUAGAUUUUUUACAGAUAUAUCUUAUCAUUUGACAAAUCAUCAACGUUGGUUAGAAAUAAUAAUCAAAUAUUCAAGCCAAAUCAAUUUUAAGGGUGUCAUUUUAACGGGAUGGCAAAGAUACGAUCAUUUUAGUGUACUCUGUGAAUUAUUAGCGACAGCCAUUCCAUCACUUGCCAUUAAUCUUGCUGCGUUGGAGGUAUCUAAUCAAAGUGGUUUUCCUGUUGAAGAAGUACCUAAUCAAAUAGCUGACAUAUUACAAUGCGAUAGUCUAAUAUCUUUAAGCAUACCAGAACCACAAUAUGGAUGGACUAAAUGUGCUUUUCACGGAUCAGCAGUAUAUGCAGUUACUCUAAGAUUACAUUCUUUGAUUCAAGAAAUAAAUAAAAUGCAUCAGGAUAACAUAUAUAAAGGAUGGUUAAAACCGUACAAUAUAAAAUACAAAUUUUCAAGUCCGAGUCAUAUCGAACGAAUAAUAGGCGACUUAAAUAGGUAUAAGGUUGAGAUAAUGUACAUUGAGAAAGAUUUUCGUACUGCCAUGGAACAUAUUUAUGAUAAUUAUACAAUACAAGAAUGGAUAGAAACAUACGUUACUCCAAUAAACGAAGAAAUUACACAAUUACACGAAGCAGAAGAGAAAAUUCUUGAAAAGAAUUCGUGGCAGAGGAGACCUUUAAAAAAGAUCGAUUGAAAUGAUACGAUUAUUUUUAACAAUGGCAUCAAACCCAAGUUCUGGAUAACAGAAAUAAUAGAUGAUAAGAGACUGAUUAAAAAUUUAUUAGAAAAGAAAAUCGAAUAAUUGAGAUACGUCGUACGUUUUUGUUCUCACUAAUAAAGAUAUUCAAUAAUAUUAAUAUAAUUAUGAUACUCAUAACAGAUAAUCAAUGUAAUAAGUUAAUUAUAAACACACACAUAUAUAUAUGUAUAUAUACAUACAUAUAUAUAUAUACAUAUAUUAUGUUCUUUUAAAUUUUCAACAACACAGUGUUGUUAUAUGAAUGAAAGUCUCGAUACUAUGAUUAACUACGCCGUCCGUGAUUUAAAGUAUCACGUUCGUCAUUUUAAACAAAUAAUACAAUGUGCUUUGUUUUUUUUUUUUUUCAUUGAAUUUUAUUCUAAAAAACGAAAGAGAACGUGUUAAACGCAAGGUAAAGUGAAAUUAUACGAUGAAUCUCUGUGCGUGGUACAAUCAAAGUGCAAACAUUUACUAUACCAAAGUUGAUUUAUUAUUUCUUCUAUGAAUUAUUUUCAUUUGAAAAUAAGACUAAAUUUAAUCGUAAAUGUUAUUAAUAUGUAUACAUGAUGUGUGGUGUGUACAAGAAGCGUAUUACAAUUAUUCUCAUUGUUAGAGCGCAAGUUAUAGAAAUUUUAAAACAGUCAAUGUAAUUUUAUUCCAAGCUCAAAGUCUUAUGAUCCCCCCCCCUAUUCUGCCCCUGUCCAAUUAUUAAAAUAUUCGUUUUUUUUUUUUAUCUAGUUAUUUUAUUAUUAUUAAUUUUAAAUAUUUCUAUGU